AUGGUGCUCGUGUCGCGCCGGACGUCGUCCGUGCUGCUGGCACUCUUGGGCCUCUUUUUGCUGGGUACGGUAGGCGUGCUAUCACUUGUGCGUGCCUAUUUUCGUGUGGACGACACGGCGUACAUCCUUGCGACGGAGCUCGGCACGUUUCCCGAGAUCCGCGCGAAUGCCCGGCCGGCCGCGCUGGACAUUGCGCCGAACGCGAAUGCGAGUGCAGUCGAUGUGCCGCACGAACGCAUUCCGCGCAUCAUCCACCAGACGUGGAAGACCGAGACGCUGCCGCCCCACUGGGCCAAGACACGCGCAGAGUGCGCGGCGAUGAUGCCGGACUAUCAGUACAUGUUGUGGUCCGAUAAGUCGUCGCGCGAGCUGAUUGCAGCCGACUACCCGUGGUUCCUGCCGGUGUUUGACUCGUACCCUUACAAUAUCCAGCGUGCGGACGCGAUCCGGUACUUUGUCCUGCACAAGUACGGCGGCGUGUAUAUGGACCUGGACAUUGGGUGCAGGCGGCGCCUCGACUCGCUCCUGCGCUUCGACGCGAUCCUCCCCAAGACGAUCCCGGUGGGUGUGAGCAACGACUUGAUGUUUGCGACCAAGGGGCACCCCUUGACGCGCCAGCUGAUUGACAACCUCGCGCGUUUUAACCACAAUUUCCUGAUGCCGUACGCGACCGUGAUGUUUUCCACAGGGCCCAUGUUUGUGUCGGCAGUGUACGGCAUGCUCACGGAAGGACGCACCGGCGUCCGCCCGUCGACCGCCGACCAGCCGUCGGCGGGCUUCGAGGGGGUGCGCAUCCUGCCCAAGAGCCUCUACGGCAAGAACGCCAAGCCGGGCGAGGCGCCCGACUCCUUCUUUGAGCACAUGUACGGCUCGAGCUGGCACGAGGGCGACGCGGGCUUCCUCAUCUUUUUGCGCAUCUACGGCCGCUACCUCAUGCUCGUCGGCGUCGCGGUUGUUGCGUACGGCCUGCGCCGCUAUUACCUCGGUGCGCUCUAUUCGCUUCUGCACCAUGCCAUGCACGCCGCACGGCCGCUCUGGGCCUACGUCCCGCAGUCGGUGCGGGAGUGGGUGCCCCAGGAGCCGGCGCAGGGGCCCGAGUGGGUCCGCCUCACCGGCCAGGACGAGCUCGAGGACGAGGCGCCGCCGGUGCCGGUGCCGCUGUUCCACUCCGAGCCCCGCCUAGGCACAGCGCCGAGCGCGCCGCCGCGCGUCACGACGCCAAUUCCCCGCCCACCGUCCACGGCGGGGUACACGGCGGAGAAGGAGGUCGCGAUGGCCGACCAUUCGCGCCGCGCCGCCCUCGAGGACACCGCGCUCGGGUCGUACUCGACGCGGCAGGAGCCGACGCGCCUGCCGGCGUACUAUGUCGAUAACGCAAGCGCGUAUGCGAUGGACGAUGCGCCGCUCUCGCCAGAGCUCCGCGGGCGGGACGACGGCGAGCUCACAUCGCGCCGUUCUUUUAGUUUGUCGCGGCUGCGUCCUUCGUGGAGGACGCUGUCGCAGUCCUCGCUCCGCGCACUAGUCCCGCCUCCGCUGCGCUCGAGCGCGUCGCGCGCCGAGUGUGGGGGAGAGACGCUCGACAAUGUCAGCGUCGAUGAGCCCCUUACGCGCACGAUCAGCUCGCAAAGCGACGAGUACCGCCGCGAGUUUGCGAGCCUCGUGAGCCGCUCCAACGGAGCGCCGGGCGAGUCACCGCCGCUGAACGCGACGUCACCACCGCCCACGCUGCUCGUAUCACCCGACCUCAACGCGGGGCACUACCAUAGCGCAGUGACGCGGCGGCAGGCGGUCGGCGACGUGACACGCGCCAUGACGCCGGCCGUGCAGCCGCUGCCGACGCCGGCACAUACCCCGGGGCUAGGGCGUGUCCGUGAGUAG